AAACUCUCUUUGUAAACGACAACGCGUUCACAGUGAUUCUCUUUCACGGUGAAUGAUGGCUGCUGGAUCAGUGGAUGGGAUCUUCCGUAACAUCUUCGAAGGAUGCAUCUCUAGCUGCGACGCUUCCAUCGAACGACGUCCAUACCACAAAAACUGCAGCUGCGCGCUUCAUAAAAGAUCUUGUCGCCACAAAAGGUCCGAGGUUGCCUGGUUCCCUAUCACACGGUCCUGGAGCGAAGGCAAUAGUAUGGCUCUGCAUCUCACCUCGUCUUCAUCUUCCUCUAAUCUCCACUCGCUUUCAUCGUCUUCAUCUAUUUCUACGCUUGCAUCGUUAUCUUCUACAGCUUCUUUGACCAUGUCUGAUAUUGAUUCCUCCAUUGAAGGCUUAAAAUAUUAGUUAACACAUUCAAUUACCCAUUUUUUGAAGAGAGUCAAAUGAUUUUUUUCGUUCUUGUGUAAUUAGAAAGGUUUCUUGGGUUGCUUCCCAAAUAAAAAGAAUUUGAAUAUCAUUUGUUUUAUUAUUUAUAA